AUGGUUCAGAUUGGAGCCAAUUUACUCGACGGAUUCGAGGAAUACACUGCUAAGGAUGAAGCUAAUCCGACAGCACCACCUGCACCUAUCGCUCCAUUAUUGGCAGCGCUGGAACAUUUCCAAGGUGAUAGUAAAGAUCGAGAGAAGGCGCACUUCGUCACGUAUCGAAACAACCUGAACAAGAUCAUGGGGACACCGUACAACAGCAAGAAUGCCUGGACAUUUGAAGUUGAGAAGCGUGCCGGUUGCGUGUAUUUGGAUGUGCGAAGGACACAGGAGGACAUCGACAGCAACCGCAAUCCACACGAGAAUCAACGCCGUGGGGCUUUUGCUGGACGUCGCUUUGAGAUCUACGCGACUCAUCCGAAACAAGAUGACGAAGAGCGGAAAGUGAACGAGGACGAGGAGUUUUGCAGCAUCUCGGCCAUGGCGCUGGGUGACAAGCGCCUGGUUGUUGCAGCUGAGAUCGAUUGCUACGAAGACAAGGGUCACAAUGAGCGUGAGUACGUUGAGCUCAAGACUUUUCGACUGCUACAGCGCGAGAAAGACCAGCUCGUCUUUGAACGCUUCAAGUUGUUAGCAUUCUGGAUCCAGUCGUUCCUAGUGGGUACGCCCAAGAUCGUCUGUGCGUUUCGCAGCGACGAUUUCCAAGUGCGUAAACUGCAGAGCUUUCGAGUCACUGACAUCCCGAGCUUCUGCCGACAACAUUGGGUACGUUGUCGCAGCCCCAUCGUUUGUUUGAAUUUCACAAAGGCGCUACUGGACUGGAUCUAUGAUCAUGCUCAGGAGGGUCGUGCGCACCGCGUCACAUACAUCCCGCAACGGCACGUGGUCGAAAUGGAGCUGUCGUCCGAGCCUUCGUUCCUGCCCACGCAGAGCUGA